AUGAUGCUUCAGUCCUUAACAAGCUUUUCCCAUACCGAUGAAUACGACAGGGAAAAAAUUUAAUAAGGUGACCUUAGUGAGCUGGGAAGAGAGUUUUUAACCUCUCAAAUCCCUCACUUGCAUCUACUUUGAACGACACUCCUUUCACUAUCAUCCCUCCUUCCAUGUCAAGCUCCUUAUUAUAAUAAAUCAAUCAAACAUCAUCAUCCUCUAACAUUUUCAAUCAACAUCAUUCAUCUUUUGCUAUUUUUUGGGUUGGCGAAUAUUUUGAUGAUUUUUUAAGCUCUUAUAGACUUGCAUUGGCAAGUGCAGUUGAAAAUCAUACAAUCCUAAGUUUAAACAUAAUGUAAAAAGAAUCCAUUGACUUCAUUGACUCCUCAUAGGAGACCCUUUCUUCUCCUAAGGCUCUUCAAAUUGUCCUACCUCAAUUUCUUCCUCCUGAUUCAAAAGAGGCAAAUCACCAUUUUCUAUGCAUUUUUAAACCGAAUUAGAAUGUCAUGCUGA